AUGGAAAACGGUGCAAUAUCUGACAGUCAAAUUAGCGCUUCUUCCCAAUGGGACAGCAGUCUUAGCCCCAAAAAUGGCAGACUACAUCAUGAACAAGGCCCCGAAAAAGGAGGAGCCUGGUCAGCGAGGACAAAUGAUGAUAAACAGUGGCUGCAGAUUGAUCUAAGAGAUCAACAGACCAAAGUUACUCGUGUAGGAACGCAGGGAAGGAAUAUAAAUUUUCAGUGGGUUACAAAGUACAAACUGCAGUAUGGUAAUGAUGAAGGAAGCUUGCAAUAUUUCAAGGAAGAAGGACAAAGUGCCGAUAAAGUAAGAUUGCAAAUUUCAUGCGAAUGUUCUCAGAACGUAUACUUCCAUAAAUUUGUUCGUGCAUGCGUCUUUUCGCCAGAGUAAUUAAAAUAAUUUUUAAAAUGUGUAUAAAAAGAAAGAUUACCAAGUGGACCACAUGUACAUAAGGUUUUGAUACCCUUAGCAAGAUCAGUUGGAAGCAUGAAUGAACCGAGCGUAUUUGACAGCUUAACUAGAGGAAAAGCUCUCAAAAAGAGAGUUAAUUCCUCUUGUUAACCCCUUAACACCCAGAAGUGAUCAACACUUAACUUCUCUCCUUAAUAUCCAUACAUUAUCCAUCAAGCAGUUCAAGAGAAUACUCAGACAAACUUAUCAGAUAUGAGUUUUUUAUCAUGAUAUGACACCAAAUUCUCAUAAUUGUUAUUUACAUGGAAAUGUAUUGCAGCUAUUAGGGAGAAUCACCAAUCAGAUCUUGGGAGUUAGAGUGUUGAUCAAAACUGGCAGGUCUAAGCUGCCAAUUCUUGAAUUUUAUCCACUAUCAGUAAAUAUUUUCAAGGGUUGAUUUAUUAUUAAUUCUUAAUUUAUCCUAUUAAGGAGUUUAAUGGAAACACGGACAAAGACACCGUUGUGGUAAACGUUUUAAUCCCACCAGUCACUGCGCGCUACAUUCGUUUCCGACCGGUAGCUUGGAAUGGCCAUAUUUCAAUGAGAGCAGAGCUGUACGGCUGUCAUAGAGGUAAACGAAAA